AUGGAGAAUAAGACUGAAGUGCGUGAAUUCAUUCUCCUUGGCUUCACAAAUGACCGUGGCCAGCAAUACACUUUCUUUGUAAUGUUCUUGCUGCUCUAUGUAGCCUGUUUGCUGGGAAAUGGAGCUAUCGUGGCAGUAGCUAUGACUGAGCCUCGGCUUCACACCCCCAUGUAUUUUUUUCUAGGCAAUCUCUCCUGCCUGGACAUGUGCUAUUCCACCGUUACUGUGCCAAAAAUGCUGAGUGGCUUCUUAACAGAACACCAAGCAAUUUCUUUCAUUGGAUGCCUGACUCAGUUGCACUUCUUUUACUUCCUGGGAAGUGGUGAGGGUAUCCUUCUGGGUGUCAUGGCUUUCGAUCGCUACGUGGCUAUAUGCAAUGCUCUGCGUUACACCCUCAUCAUGAAUAAAGGGGCUUGUCUUCUGCUAGCUGGGACCAGCUGGGUUGCUGGCUUUUUUCAUGCCCUGAUGCAUACCAUGGCGACUUCCCAAUUACAGUUCUGUGGCCCCAAUCAUGUACAGCACUUUGUUUGUGAUAUCAAACCCUUGCUAAAACUGGCCUGCAGUAGCACAGCCCUCAACCUCAGCCUUCUUAACAUUGUCACUGGUUCAAUUGCUCUGGGCGGCUUCUUCUUCACACUUCUCUCCUAUUUGUAUAUCAUAUCCUUCCUCUUCUCCAAAGUCCAGUCCUGGAAGAGCCAAUGGAAAGCCUUCUCUACUUGUGCUUCUCACCUGACAGUUGUGACUCUCUUUUACGGCCCAGUUCUUUCCAACUACAUGUUUGCAUCUGUUGGAGAAUCCGCUAAAAGAGAGAUGAUCAUCACUAUUCUGUACAGUGCAGUUACUCCAGUUUUGAAUCCUUUAAUUUACACACUGAGAAAUCAAGAUGUAAAAUCUGCUCUAAAAAAAAUCUUAAGCCAGAAAUACCUGUUUAGAAAGAUAUGA